AUGAAAUUGAAAUUGCUGGUAUAUUACAUGUGCAAUACCGGGAUCUGCAGUGUUACAUUGUAUCUAUCAUACUAUAUCAAAAUGGCCACAGUGGUACAGAACCCCCUGAAAUCGCAAUCUGGAGGAACCGUCAUUAAGAACAGUCUGGGCGAGGAGUUCUACAGAGAGGCCAUCGAGCACUGCCGCAGCUACAAUGCCCGCCUGUGUGCUGAGCGCUCCAUGCGCCUGCCCUUCCUGGACUCCCAGACCGGCGUGGCACAGAGCAACUGCUACAUCUGGAUGGAGAAGAACCACCGUGGCCCAGGUUUGGCCCCAGGACAGUUGUAUACUUACCCUGCGCGCUGCUGGCGCAAGAAGAGACGGCUAAACAUUCUGGAGGACCCGCGCCUCGGACCCAUUGAGUUUAAGAUCGACUACGAGGCGUCUCUGAAGAAGGAAGGGGGCUUGCCGGAGGGGCCGGUGUUGGAAUCACUGCUCAGUGGAGAGACUCUGGACAAGAAGGUGGAGACCAAGGAAGAGGAACCUAUGAGCGAGUGCCAGAAGCUGCUGGUCGGUGAUUUCCCCCAUGAACUGGAAGUGGAGGAGAUGGAAGAGGACGUCCCCAAACGCAAGAACCGCAAGAACCGCGAAGGACGGGCCUGUGGUGUAGGGGGUAUGAGGAAGAGACAAGAACCCAGCACCAUUGAGGACAGGGACAAGCCGUACGUCUGUGACAUCUGUGGGAAGCGCUAUAAAAACCGACCGGGCCUGAGCUACCACUACACUCACACACACCUAGCGGACGAGGAGGGAGAGGAGGACUCUGAGCGACACACCCUGCCCUUCCAGCGCAAGAACAACCACAAGCCUAAGAAAGCUGCAGAUGGGUCGGUCAUCCCUAACGGCUACUGUGACUUCUGCCUGGGCGGCUCCAAGAAGACCGGCUGUCCCGAGGACCUCAUCUCCUGUGCCGACUGUGGACGCUCAGGCCACCCGUCCUGCCUGCAGUUCACAGUCAACAUGACGGCAGCCGUACGGACCUACCGCUGGCAGUGUAUCGAGUGCAAGUCCUGCAGCUUGUGUGGCACCUCCGAGAAUGAUGAUCAGUUACUAUUCUGUGAUGACUGUGACAGAGGCUACCAUAUGUACUGCCUGAGCCCCCCUAUGGCGGAGCCCCCAGAGGGGAGCUGGAGUUGCCAUCUGUGUCUGCGACAGUUGAAAGAGAAGGCCUCGGCCUACAUCACCCUGACCUAAUCUACCACGUUACACCCCCCUGCCCUAAACAUAACAACUGGACCAACUCCAAUCUGAGAAGACACCCUCAACGCCCUGCAGUUUUUCCUGCUCUAUGAAACGACAACAGACGUCUGUCCACCUCUCCAGUCAUCAGGUCUCCCAGCCCCAGCUGUUUUAACGUCAAUGGAAGUACCUACAUCCCAGGUUGCACCAUGCUCCAUCCAGGUCUCCCCCAGUCUGCCCCUGCUGAGGCCCAGCCACCUGCCCCUGGAGUCCCCUCCACCUCUGGCACCUCUGGCCCAUGAGGAACCACCUUCUAUCCCAGCAGCCUCAGCGGGGAGCAUCUGAUCAUCAAUAGCCUAACUGGGCUACCCCCCGGGGCUUGCUGUCCCUCCACCGUCUGCCUCCAAAGAGCUGUUUAUCAGUAGCCCACAAGGGCACUCAAGAGGCAUGCUCUCCCCUGUGAAGGGUCCUUAGAGGAGCCCUAACGAGCAUCAGCUGCCACUGUGGCCCUAUACUCCCAUACACUCGUCUGUGGCCCUGGCAGCAGAGUACACAGAGAGAGGGAGAAGCAGGCCGUAGUGACGACCAGACUCCUCGUUAGGUUUAAAGCAGCUGCAGCCCCGCCCCCUUCCUCCCACCUGGAGCCGCCACUCAAGGCCUUUGAAAGUGAAGUACUCUGGGGUUGAUACCAUCGUGCAGAGCUGUUGUGGCUUUAUGACAUUUGCAGAGGAGAGAGAGCGGAGAGGUCGUCACUCUGUCAUCAGCCACUUAGAUCAAAUUUUGUGUCCAAAAAAAUAAUGAAUUAGAGCAAAGGUUUUCCUCAACUGUAAACCUCUGGUUACCUUCAUUUCCUUCAAAACAACAACUGAAAAAGCCAACAUGAGACUGCUAUGACUUUGGCGGGGCUUGGUGUAUUUUGUCUGUGUGUUUAGCAAGAAUGUAGGUAUGUUUUAAGUGUGGACAAUGCAGGUUUUAUUGUCUGGCCUUGUCAAAAAUACAGGGCCCAAAUGUUUUUUUAAACAUUUUAUUUGGUACUUUAUUUGCAUGGUGUUAACAUUAUAGUUUUUAAAGAUAUUUUAAGGAUAAAAUGUAUUUAAGAAAGCACACUUAAUUCGCAAUAAUGUGUUUGUGACCCAUUUGGGUAAAGUUGUGUGUGUGUGUGUGUCCAUCUGUAUAUGUGCGUGUGUAUGCGUGUGUGAGUGAGGGCAAAUGUGCCCUCCUAAAACUGCGUGGAAAUGAGAGCCAACCGUAGCCAACCAGGUGCUAGGCAGGACCUAUGGCAGGGUCAGGGAGCAGGAAGGGGAGGGGCUUCUGAUGAUUCUGAUUCCUAGAAACACCACCAUGACUUACUGUAUUAUGUUUUCUGUUGGACCAAACGAAUUCAAGCCAGCUUGCGCCGUUUCUCUCUUCCGAGCCCUUGUUUUUUCUCAAAGGAUAACUCAUUUUUGUGAAAAGUCAUCAAAACUAGUAGAAUUGAGCUCUUUACUAUCUGCAAGACUGCUUUGUGUGCUAGGAACUUGUAAUAUAAUGUGCUUUCAAAGAGUAAGCUAAAAGCAAGGACUUCUACUAACUGGGAUGCCAGCAUGUGAGUUUGUGCGCUUGCACUGAGACGAGUCUUUUUUCAACCCAAAGUCCCCUCCCCUAGUGGCCUAUCUGACUGGACUAUUGUAUGAGGCUGCAACUUUGAUUGGUCCAAUGAUCCCCCCCCUACUCUUCCUAGAGCUUUAAGUUGGGAGACAUUUUGCUGUAAAUAGAUUGUCACUCUCUCUGUUUAUCAUAAAGACUAAUUGCCAUUUCAUAAUUCACCGUCUCAGUGCAUAUCGAAAUAGGAACUCAAAAAUACAAUUUGUGUCAAUUUAAAUGCACUUAAAAGUGGUUGUCUAUUUGCCUCCAUAUUUGUGAUGUCUCUACUCCUCAAAUGUAUGUGUUUAUAUUCUACUAUGGUAUGAUCCAACACACACAGCCAUAUUGGGGGUAAAUGUUACUACCUGUGCUACCCAAAAUGUAUGUACCAUCAUUUAGGCAUGUGUGAUACCAGAAAUCCUCUCGAUUUCAUAUUCUGAUAUCUACUUUAUUUAUUUUUCUCGAAUAACUAGGGAUGUUUUCACCUCUUCUCUCUCAGUAUUGUUCUCUUAUUUGUUUAUGUCUGUGUUUUUCUACUUCAACCAUUUUGCACAGUGUGUUUGUUUGUUUGGCAUGUGUGUGUACGUGUGUGUGGCUAUGUGUGUGAGAGAGAGGGAGAGACACUCAGGCGGACUUGAAGGCGCUGUCUGUCUGUCAGUGGUUCCGUUCCAAAUGACACCCUGUCCUCUUUAUGGUGCACUACAGUGGCCAUAAGGCUCUGGUGAAAAGUAGUGCAUCACAUAGGGAAUAGGGUCCCAUUUGGGAUGCACAGUCUCUUUAAACUCAUAAUGAGGUCCUCGAAAAACAAACAAACACAGUGAAGAGACGGUUAUUAUUUUUCAAACUUCCUCUCCAAGAAACAAGCUGCAUUCCGAUACAUCCAAGAAUACAGUCAACACUAGUGUACUACACUAGAAUGGGUACUGCUGAAGCCACAGUACUUGCUACCGUCGUUGGUCCCGAGUGACAGUAGCCUGAUCCCAGAUCUGUUUGUGCUGUCGCAUGACAAGGACCCUUGGAGAACAGAUCUGGUGACAGAAUGUUAUUCUACUGAAUUCUGGGCCCCUUGAUUGUGAAAAGUGCAAUGUGUCAUAAUAGAUUGUGUCCUAGCGGUGAAUUGUUCAAUAAUGAAACUUUUCACCUUUUAAUGGACAGGCUCCUCAAAAGACAAUGUGAAAACCUUCACCACAUUACUCUUUCAUCCUUUUAAGUGUCCCACCAAUAUCCAAUCAGAGUUGUGUUCAGAGCCAGUACUGAGGUAAUAGCCGGAUGAUGACUUGUGAUUCUGUGUGAGUGAGGUGAGCUGAUCUGAACGUGUUUUUCUGAUAAGCCUUCUGAAUUUAUUCCUGGCACUUAUGAGGAUGUGGUGGUCAAACUACAUUGAUUGUACUGUCUGAAAAGAUGCAGUUGCGGAAAGAGGAGUGACUCAAGCUCAGAUAUGACCUUUGACCCCACCCCCCACCUUUAGACUGGGGGUAGGAUCAGAAGGGAAAGUAGAUUAUUGGCCAGUCCUCAAACGAAGCAGGAUUUUGGCCCUCUUGUAAAUUGUCGUGCUGUGAUCUUGCUUGCACUUCUUAUUCCCCAAAUAAUAAAUUCCUGUGUGAGUGUGUGCACAUUUUCCUUUCUUGUAACUGUCUGUUGGAAAAAAAGAAACACUGGAUAAAAUGAAUUUGUUCGUAUUUACCCUGAUGGAGAUCAAAUCUUCCUGGACACGUGGGUUGUUUUUUCCUUCUCUACCUGGGAACGCUUUGAAAUAUUGACUGCAACUGCAUAGCUGUCAUUCAUUCAUUCACUGUAAAUUCAUCUUGUCUUUCUCGAGGCACCCAAUUUUUCCACAUUUUUCUCUCCUGACUCCUUUUUUCAUUUACAAACAAUCAUUAUUAAAAGUUGUAACUCCUGAAA